AUGACCUCGAGGCUGGCCCCAACCCUAGGGAUGGCCAUGGCACUCAUUGUCCUACCCCUCUUUGAUGUGGCAUACAUGUUUCUGGAAGGUGAAGUGCCUGUCAAUGUAAAUGCCAAGGUACCUAUAGCUGUGAACCCAGUCCAGGUCGAUGCCCAGGAUCUGCAGACUCUGACCAGGUUCCCUGGUGUGAAUGAUCAUGGCUUUAGAUUUUGCCACAGAUAUCUUGAGCCCCAGGUGACGGCAAGUGGAAGCCAACAGAUCGAAGUCCUCCUGGGCAUGCUGCAGCAGCCGGCGCUUCCUAGAAAUGACAAGUGCCAGGUCAUCGGUGUAGCCGAGCAGGAAGAUAAAAAUCGUAUAGACGAUAUCUGGAGAAUGGCAACAUUAGUCGACGUGACUUUAUGCAAGCGGAUGCAAAAGCGAGAGUUGUCUGAGAUUUACCUACGUCGCUUCUUCCCACGUCCUCAUCAGCAGUCUGGAAAAGCUCAGCUUUAUAACAUUGAAACAAGCUUCCACCCUGUAAUUACUGGGCCCACGAGCCGCAUCUGUAAACGAUGCAACACUUUAUAUUACGUAGACAACGAAGGCCGGGUCGUCACCAGGGAGACAUGUGCAUAUCACAUAAUGAAUGUUUCUCGAACAACGAGGCCAUACUACCGCUGCUGCAAUCGGACUAUUAACUCAGCUCCAUGUGCAACUGCUCCACAGCAUGUCUCAAGAGAAAUUGAUCCCAAUAACCUAACAGGUUUUAUCAACACUAACCUCAAUCAAAGUAUCACUGCAGAAUCGAUUUAUGCACUUGACUGUGAAAUGUUUACAACGGCAGCGUUGGGUUUGGCGGCAAUAUCUGUUGUGGACUCGAACUGUCAACUGGUGUAUGAGACACUGCUGUUGCCUGAUGCUCCAAUCAUCGACUACAACACAUAGCAUUCCGGACUUAAUCAGCAAGAAUUUCGAGGAGUUUCAACAAGACUCCGAGACGUUCAUGCCAAGUUACUCACACUAGUUGGAAAACGCACAAUUCUAGUUGGUCAUGAACUGGAAAACGACCUUCUUAAGUUGAGAGUUAUUCAUGAUCACAUCGUGGACACAAGUGUUCUUUUUCCACAUCCAAAAGGGUAUCCUACUCGUAACUCACUCACCUAUCUAAAAAAUAGGUACCUGAAUUAUGUUUCAACUUCCAGCAUUGGGUUAAAGUGUCGAGGUGAUGCUGAAACAGCCAUGCGUCUGGCCAGAUACAAGUGUUAG